CAGGUGCGAGCGCUCGUCACACACCUGAAGUGAGCAGCUCUCGAACCUCCGGACAAACUUCCAGUGUCUGACGGCCUCUGGUGCACGUGCGCUUCCCGCUGCAGCUUCACACACACGCACACACACGCGCAGCUCGUUGCAGAUUCCCAGUGGAGAUAUUUGAUUUGUCGUCUCGAGCUCAGUUCUCUGCAGAGCUGCAGCAGCAAAUAUGUUUGCUUGAGUUGACUGGUUUCCAGUUUGUAUCCGUUGGUUUUAUUUCUCCCGAGUUCCUUUAACUUCCAGUAGGUUCAGCCUGCGCAGGUUUUAUCGUCAGAGGGAUUUUUAACAGGUGGGAGGUUCAGGUGAAGACAGGGAGGCCAUGAAGGAGGAGAUCGCCGCCGCUGUGUUCUUCGUGGCUCGGCUGGUGAAGCGGUAUGGAUGUCUGGAUAACCGCGGCAGGGAGAGGUUUGCCACUGCGCUGACCUCUGCCCUGUUCGAGAGCUACAAGAACCACUGGCACCCGAAGGCUCCCAGCAAGGGUCAGGCCUACAGGUGUCUGCGUAUGAACCGUGUGCGGCUCCAGGACCCGGUGCUGCAGAAGGCCUGUGAGCGCAGCGCGGUGCGGUACCAGGAUCUGGGCCUCCCCCACGAGCUGACCGUGUGGGUCGACCCUGGAGAGGUGUCCUGCAGGUAUGGUGAACGCAGCUCCCCGUUCUGCGUCUCCGUGGUGGACAGCUGCCGGCGCGAUGGGGGAUUCUCCCGACGUGUCCAUGACGCCGUGGAGCGGGCGAGCCUUGACGUCCCGUCAGGAAGCUCCGACGACGAGGAGGAGGCCGGUGGAGACUUCAGCAUGAGCAGCAUGAGCAGCAACAGCAUGAGCAGCAGCGGCAGUUGCGGCGGCGGCAGCAGCGUCCUGUCGGUUCUCUGCCCGGCUCCGAUCCCAGCCAACCACCUUGAACCCAAAACCAUCCCAACUGUCAGCAACCCCAACAGCGUCUACCGGUUCAGCGAGUUUUCUCCCGGCGCCCCUCAGACCUGGGUGAGGGAGAAGCGGAAGGCCUUCGCCGGUGACCCCUACCCUCCUCAUCCCCCUCCCCCUUGUCACCCCCCUCCCCGUUCCCACCCCCCUCCCCCUUCUCACCCUCCUCACCCUCCUCCAACCGGAGGCCCGGGCUCCCAGUUCUCCAUCCAGAAAGGCUUCAAGUCCUAUCGAGCCACGUUUACCUUCACUGGGCCUCGGGUGGACAAGUACCACUGGGUCAGCAAGUCUCGGUCCUGAAGCCCAGACCCAGGCUCGGGUUGCUGCUCUGGAAAGGAUCUGCGAUGUCAUGAAUGGGGGGGAAAAAAGUGUCUGGAGAGUUUGUCUGUUGUCUUUAAAAGUCUAAGUUUAUUAUUCAUAUGUGGUUUAAAGUAAUGGUUUAAAAAAAGUUAAUGCUAUUUCAGCAUGUUUUUAAGCUUUGAAAUAUUCAGGUUUUAACGAAAUUCUUCCUUCUAAAUGUGUUUUUUAAUUUAAAAUGUAUCUAAAGUGUGAAUAAAGUAAUAUUCAGCUG